AAAAAAUUGAAAAUGACAAAGAUUAGAGAGUUGGAUGAUCAAGGAGUGGAAAUACCUGUGGAGGAUGAUUCGGAUGAUUGGGUUGAUGAAGAAGAGGAGGACAAUGAAGAUGAUUGGGAGGAUGAUGAUUCAGAUGAAGAAGAAGAGGAUGGAGAGGACGAUGAUGAUGAAUUAGGAGCUGAUAUUACGGAAUUGUUUUGUUUUUCGGAAUCAUUUAAUCCUAAUGAAUAUAUUGAAAGAAUUAAAAGCAGAGGAGGCUUAGUCGUGGAGCAUCCUGAAGACUUUUUGAGAGUUUGUCUCUUUGAUAAUGAGUCUGAUCUUACAAAUGAAGAUGAAAAGAAGGCUUUUGCAAUGCUUACCAAGAGAAAAACCAGAGAAGACUGUUUCCAACUCCUAUCUGAAGAGGAAAAGAAAUACAUCUCUCAUAUUAGUGAUGACUAUACUGUUGUAAUAAUUACUUCAAAGGAAGAUUAUCAAAAAAAGACUCCAACUUGUCAAUUAGCUUCCUUCCUCAUCGAUUAUACACAAAUAAUGGUUGGAUCAAUAGUGAAUUCAAACUUUUUGGAUAUUUAUUUGGAAAAUCCUUCGAAAAAUGUUGAUGAUAUCAUCUAUUCAGAAUCUAACGAUUGUUCGAUUGGAAUUCCCUUCCAAACAAAUCAUCCAGUGUUUCUCUUGUCCACAAGUGAAGAAAAGAUGCAAGAAAUGAGACAAUACUUUUCUGAAAAGGACGUACCAAUCAUGUCCAGAGAAGUUUAUGACUUUCAACCAAUUACCUUGUCAGAUUGUACUAUUGUGAUGAAUGAGGAAUUCUUCUCCAGAGAUCCAAAAUCUCUUACUUUGGAGGAAAUUGAUAUUUUACAAUUCUAUGUCCACACAAAUGGUAUCACCUUUGAAAGAGCAAAAGAGUUAUUUGAAGAAUGUAAGGACAUUAGUAGUGCAGACUAUGACUAUUGUGAGGAAAUGUUGAAAAAGAUGAACAUUUUCCAACAGGUCUACAAUUUCUCAACCAUUAACAAGAGAAGAUUCAGAAGACGUAUCUUGGAUGAAGCAAAAUCAAAAGAAUUUACUGAACAUUUGAAAGAAUUGCCAAUCUACUUCAAUGACUUGAUUGAAAACAUACCUAACGAAAUUAUUUAUCAUAUUCUUCCAUACUUGCCAGUUCAUGAAUUACUGCAAUUUAGAUUGCUUUCUCAUGUAGCCAAUUUAAUUUGCUUGCAAGACUUUUUGUGGAAGGAUGUUUGUUCGAGCACUUGUAAAAACCAUCACUUCUUGAAACCUCUUCUCUCCAAUGAAAAGAUAUUCAACCUUCCCUACAUGCUCAUCUACAGAAAUCAUAUCCAACCUUUAAUUAUUGAUUACAAACAAAUCAAGAAGGAGAUGUUUUUGGAAAACCUUGCAGAAGAGAAAGUCUUUAAACAAUUUAUUACACCUGCUCUAUUUAUUGAUACAUGUGUUAGUGAAGAUUCCUCAGUACCUAUUGGAACAACUAAAAUGUCAGGUGAACCUGAUCUACCAAAAGGAUUUGACUCUCAAAGAAUAGUGAAUUUGACUCUUCUUUUGCAGUUGAAUAUUGAAGAAAAUAAGGAUAGUGAUCUCUUUGGAUUGGCCUACCAAGUAUUUAAGCAAAAAUCCUCCAUGUUCCCAACAACAGGCAUAUUAUUUAUAUUUUGCAAUAGUGACGACGAAUUAUCUCCUUCUAAGGUUUUCCACUAUGUGGGAUCAACUGAUAAUUUGGAACGACUCAAAAGAAGUGCUAAUGAUUCAAGAUUUUGCUUUACUGUCAAAUUCUAUGAAGCUUUGAGUUUAUGUAACGAUUCCCAAAACUUGUUUGCCAAAGAUAUUGAUGAAUAUGAAAAACAACUCAAUAAGGGUGAUGAUGACAAGUCUGAAAAGUUGAGUCAAAGUUUACACGCACCAUUCUUAACAUCAGAACCUCACAAACUUUUUGGUGCUCUUCCUGUUCUCUAUGAUGAUGAAUGGUAUGAUGAGAAUGAUGAUGCAUCAAGCAGUGGAUCCGAGUCUGAAGAUGAUUACGAAGAAGAUCCAUACUUUUACAUUGACCUUAACCAAUUUGCAACACCUUUAAUACAAUUAUCAGAGGACAGUAAAACACAGGAGAAUAACAUAUUGGAGAGUUCUGUUGAUGUUGAGAGUGCCUUCCUUCUCGCUGGAUCUGGAGAAGGCGUUGCUGUAGAUAAGGACUGUACAUGGAAGGAAAUAAUGAGCUUAGAGGAUGGCUCCAAGCUCUUUGAAUUGCAAAAUCAUUUCACAUCAUGCUUCUCCUAUCAACCAGGAACUAAAAUGUACAAAAAGUACAAUCAUCUCGUUAAACAAAUGAAAAAACAAGCCAAAAAAUCAAGACAUGAACAUUAAAUAAAUCCCUGAAGUGUUAUUAUUUAUUAUGU